GAAAGGUUUUUCAGCCAUGUUGGAUUUGUGAACAGCAAAUUUCUCUGGAACCUUGCCCCUUUUCUUCUUUCCAUAACCUGACUGAAACAUUGCAAAGCAUAACCACUCACAUGUGAGAAGGUAAAGGCUGGGUAAUGGCGUUUACAAAUCGUGCCUCGCAAAGCUUCAAAACACACGCAAGACUUUGGUACCUCAUUGAUGGGAGAGAUCAAAUUUGUGGCCGACUUGCUGGUUAUAUUGGCCAGAUCCUUCAAGGGAAAACUAAGCCCAUUUACCACCAUGCAGAAGAUGUAGGAGACUACGUAGUGGUUAUUAAUACGAAGCAUAUUGUGCUUUCUGGAACCAAGUGGGAUAACAAGCUAUACAGACAUCACACAGGGUACCCAGGAGGUCUGAAAGAGAUUCUUGCCAAGGACUUACACCGCAAAGAUGGCACGAGAAUUUUAUGGAGAGCGGUAAACGGGAUGCUCCCUAAAAACAACUUACGACCCACAUGGAUGAAAAGGCUGUAUUUAUUUGAGGAUGAACACCACCCCUAUGCGGAGAACAUUUUUGCUAAAUUGGAAGCCCCUGCUUCAAUCCCCAAAAGAUUGCACGAGUACAGCCCAGAGGAGAUAUCAAACUACCCCAAGCUGUUUUAGUCAACACUCUCAUUAAAUGCUCAUGAUAAUAAAAUUCUACUGCAGUUUCUAUUGCUCAGCAACUAAAAAAAGAUUUUUGAUUACUCUAAAAAAAUCCCUUUAUCAUUAAUUUUUUAGGAAUCAUAAGAAAAGAAUUCAAAACCAGUCCUGUAUAUGUGUGCAUCCGCAUCCCUUAUACAAGUCCUGUUCAGAUGCUGUACGUUCUACUGUAAAUCACUGAACAUGCUUUCUCAUUAAGGUUCUGGUAAUCAGCAUGAAAUGUAUUUACAAACUUAAAUUUAAAAACUUUAAUCACCUUAGUCACAUUAUGCAAAAUUUUCAUAGUUGGAUUAUGGUAUCCUACAAAGAAUUGAUUUAUUCCACGAGUUUGCUUUAAUGAAUGUAUAAAUAAAAAUGUAAAAAAGCUUAA